AUGAAGAGGAAGCCCGUGGUGAUCUGCUGCAGCGUGCUGCUCGCUCUAAUCGUCAUCCUCGCCAUCGUCUUCGUGGUGCUCUACUUCACCGUGUUCCGGCCGCGGUCGCCGCACGUGGCGGCCAAGGUCGUGAGCAUGACAGUAACUCAGGUGGAUGUCUUGGCUAUCCCGCCGAAGCUCAACCUCAGCUUCGACGUGGCCGUGACCGUGAAGAACCCUAACUACGCGUCGUUCCGCUACGGCGACGUGGUGACGGACCUGAACUACCACGGCUUGGCCGUGGGACAGUCGGUGAUGUUCGCCGGGGAGGUUGGCGCUCGGACGACGCAGACGGUCACGGCGACGGUGAUAGUGCAGGCAGACAAGGUGGUGUUCACGCCCGCUUUCGUCCAGGAAUUGGCUGCCUCCGUGUUCAACCCGCCGUUGAUGCUGCCGUUCGAGACGAGGACGACGGUGGCCGGGAAGGCCGUGGUGGCCGCGACGUUCAAGAUCAAGGCGAGCUCGGCGGUUACGUGCCUCAUCAGUAGCUACCCUUUGACGGGGGAGAGCAACACGAACUGCACAUCCACGACGAAUGUGGGUUAACCUUUUUCUUUUAUCAUGUGCGAGUGAGGAGAGCUCACACCAUCACACGUCUCAUAUUACCCAUUUG